UGGUAUCUGCUAGACCCCGUAUCGCUGACACGGGCGGCUGCGCGCGCCGGGGUCGUGGAGCGAGGCAGACAGACAAGGCCUACCACAGGAAGCACUGCGCCACACCACGUCGAAGCUGUCAUCCACUAACACUGCUUCACUACAGCGCCCUAGCUGCCAUCCCUCCGGUGCCUCGACUGCCAAGCCCCCAGUCCGGGCACCCCGCCCGCAGGCGUCACGCACCGGAGCCCGGCACAACGGGCGGAUGUGGGCCAGGGUAG